AUGUUUGCGCCGACGAUCUGGUUAUCAAACCCGCGACGCGAUGAUCUCAACCCUAAGACAGUGUCAGUGUUGGCACAAAAAGUGGCAAAAUUGCAUUCACUAGAUAUGCCGAUACCUAAAGACAGCGCCGAUUGGUAUAUGAGAAUAAUUAUGGACGACUGGUUCCCAGAAUGCGAUCGCGAGUCAUAUAGAAACGGGUCGGUUCGUCAGGAGAUCCAGAAGAAUAAGAAUGACUACAAGACACUGAUAUCAGUGGAUCUAUUGGAUGAGAUGGAUUGGCUUAGACGUAUGUGCGAACGCAUUGACAGUCCCGUAGUCUUCUCUCACUGUGACCUCAAUCGACGCAAUACUUUGGUCCGGGAGGCGGGGGUUGGCCAGGGUUUGGACGUUUACAUCAUUGACUGGGAUUACUGUUGCUAUACCUAUAGGGGCGCAGACUUUGGCGAUUAUUUUAUGAAUUGGUGUCAAACAGAGCUAGACUUUGGUGGCGAACCCUUUCCUACCGAUGACCAGAUGCUGGUCUUCAUCAACGCUUAUAUCCGGGAAAUGACAGCAAUUAAUGGCAACUCUUAUACACAAUUGGAGAUCAAUUCACGCCAUAGGCUUAUAAAAGAGGCGAAAGUGUUUGCUUUGUUGGGUUAUAUAAAGGAAGUUUGUUAUUGUGUUCAAGAGUACGAUAGACAUGGAAGCCUAAAGGAGAGCAAAGAUAUAAAGUUUAUACAACACUAAAGGAUCGUAUAUUUGAC